AUGAGUCAGGGGACUGGCUCCCGGUUGAGGGAGGCCCAUGCACCGCCCAAAUCCGAGCGCAGGACGGCAGCCGUGCUUCCGGCCUUCCCGCUGCCUGCACCUGAGCUAUGCUUGCUUAACGCUCGGCCGCUGAGCUGUCUGUACAGCAGCCAGUAUGAGCGUACUCAGCGCAAGCGCAUCAAGCGAGCACUGAAUCGCUCGGCCGUCAGCGCAGCCGAAAACGGCACAGACAACGAAGGUGGCAACGAGGACUGCUAUUCUUACGGAGGCAAGGAUGUGGAUGGCGAUGAGACGUUUCAGGAGGCCACGCCGUCGGAGAUCCGCAAGGAGCUGCAGGUCUACGAGGCGCUGCUGGCGCACAUCGGGGUUAGGAUCGCCAGCAAGCGCAACGCUUUGGCGCUAUUAGGUUACAAUGUCUUGCAUGGCAACAAGAGGGCUGCGUUUAUGGAACGUGCUGCACAUUAUGGAGUACCCUUUUUACCCAUGAAUGCACUGGUUGACACGCUGCAGGCGCGUCACGCUCAUGGCGGUGUCCCAGCCUUUCCCGAUGAUUCAGAGGAUACCCAUUUCGCUCCACCUACUGAUAUUGCUGAGGGUUUGGACGACAUAGAAGCGCUUCGCGGUGAGGUGCAGGACAUAGUGGAAGACGCCAUUGGCAGGGUAUUGCAGGAGGCUGGCAAGGACAACGCCGUAGGCUUCAGAGACCUCCAGCAGCUCCCGCUAAUGACUAGCAACGCCUUUUCACUCUUCCGAGCAUCUUCACUAGUGCUCCCUGAUGAUGUCUUGGAGGCAGAUCUGUCGUUGCCCACGUUGUCGACCCCGGAGUGCGAUGACGAGUCCGCUGGCAAGGCAAAGAAAAAGCCCAAGCUCAGUGAACCGUCGAAGCCAGUCGCAUUCAAAAACAAACCAAGCGUUGUUGACAAGUCUCGUGCUUCGCCGAUUCGGUCAGUAGGUAGAGGAAUUCAAGAGGGUGAAACCUCAGCCGAUGCAACGCCUACUAGAGUGGCCCGCUCCCGUGAUCAAGCGGACAACAGAGGAAGCAAUGAUCGCCCCAGAUUCUGUGUACCGAAAGGCAAGCUAAACAGUGCAUCUAGACGCAUAUGUUCGUCUAGCGACGACGAGAGGAUCGCCUCAGCGCAUUAUCGGAGUUGUGUUAGUAACGACGGCGAUGACGACCAGGCGGAUGAUGAAGACGAGGAUGACUCCGACUACCUUGAUAGCGAUGCGGAACGGGCAAAUCAUUCACACAGAGACCGCGGUCGUACUGAGAGGGGCGACGGGAAAUCGAAGGAGAGGCGCAAUGAAAAGCUGCCACCGGAAUCGGAGCUGACCGUUGAUCAGAUGGUGGAGAAUCUGAUGAACGGCAAGUUGUGCAAUGGCAAGGACCCCAAGAACCUCCGUGACCUGGUAAUAUCCAUUCUGGUGGCGGGGCUCUACGAGUUUCUCCCGGUCGAGUUUUUCAACGAAUUCCUGCAAGACCGGAGGCUGUUAGAGUCUUUCAGGCAGGUCAAGAAAAGAACUGAUACCGGAAAAUGA